UUUUGCGCAACAGCACUAUCCCACCAUCUCCAACAUCAUCGCAACUCCGUCGCAAGCAUGCUUCCCCAAAUAUCGCGACAAUUGAGUCGCCAAUGCCGGCGCACUCCCCUUCUCCGUCCAACACCCCAUCCCUCAUCACCAAGAACACCACGGUGCAGCAGCAGGACAGUAGCAACCUUCACCACCCCCCACCAAUCCUCCUCCAUCUCCGUCAUCCCCACCGCCGUCGACCCCUCCUCCCCCGAAUACCUCGAAAACACCAAGCUCAUGUCUGCCGCCAUGUCCCGUCUCGAAUCCCUCACCCGCAAAGCUCACCAGGGCGGUCCCGCAAAGGCAAAGGAAAAGCACCUCGCCAGAAAGAAGAUGCUCCCCCGCGACAGGAUCACGGCUUUGAUUGACCCGGGGAGCACCUUUCUUGAACUUUCCCCCCUGGCCGGUCACGAGCUCUACCCCGAGGCCGAGGUGCCGUGCGGCGGUAUUAUCACCGGAGUGGGUGUUGUCGAGGGAGUGGAGUGCGUAAUCGUUGCCAACGACAGCACUGUCAAGGGAGGGACAUACUACCCUAUCACGGUCAAAAAGCAUCUUCGUGCGCAAGAGGUGGCAAAGGAGAACAACCUCCCGUGCAUAUACCUUGUUGAUUCUGGAGGAGCGAACCUGCCGCACCAGUCGGAUGUGUUCCCGGACAGGGAGCAUUUCGGACGGAUCUUCUACAACCAGGCGAGGAUGUCCGCUGCGGGGGUUCCACAGAUUGCGGUGGUGAUGGGGCCUUGCACUGCGGGAGGGGCGUAUGUACCGGCCAUGAGUGACGAGAGCAUCAUUGUGCAGGAGCAGGGUCACAUCUUUCUUGCGGGGCCGCCGUUGGUCAAGGCGGCAACGGGGGAGGUGGUGAGCCCGGAGGAGCUGGGGGGGGGGAAGAUGCAUAGUAGCGUGAGUGGUGUGACGGAUUACUUGGCGGUGGAUGAUGCCCAUGCUGUUGUGCUGGCGAGGAGGUGCGUGAGUAACCUCAACUGGCCCAAGAAGACCGCACUGGUGAAGACGUAUGAGGAGCCGGUGUAUGAUCCGGAGGAGCUGCUGGGGAUUGCGAGCACCAACCUCAGAAAGCCACUGCCGAUCCAUGAGGUUAUUGCACGGAUUGUGGACGGCAGCAAGUUUAGUGAGUUCAAGAGGGACUUUGGGACCACGCUGGUGACGGGCUUCGCCGAGAUUUACGGGCACAAGGUUGGCAUUGUGGCCAAUAACGGGAUUCUGUUCAGCAGUUCGUCGCUGAAGGGGGCGCAUUUCAUUGAGUUGUGCUCUCAGAGGGGGAUCCCGCUGGUGUUUUUGCAGAACAUCAGUGGGUUCAUGGUUGGUAAGGAUGCGGAGAGGGAAGGGAUUGCGAAGAACGGCGCGAAGCUGGUUACGGCGGUGGCGUGCGCGGAUGUGCCCAAGUUUACGGUGGUGGUGGGAGGUAGUUAUGGUGCGGGCAACUAUGGCAUGUGCGGGCGGGCGUACUCGCCGAGGUUCUUGUGGAUGUGGCCGAAUGCGAGGGUGGGCGUGAUGGGUGGUGAGCAGCUCGCCAAGGUGAUGGAGACGGUUGGAAAGGGGGUGGAUGAGGGGUUGAAGGACAGGAUCGAGAAGGAGAGUGAUAGUGUUUUCUCGAGUGCGAGGUUGUGGGAUGACGGUGUCAUUCCACCACAGCAUACCAGGAGAUACCUGGGCCUGGGACUGAACGCCGCGAUGGGAGGCAGGAACGAUGUCAAGGCUGGUGCUACGAAGUUUGGUGUUUUCAGAAUGUAAAUGCUCGCCAGGUAAAAUCAUGGAGAUGCUUGAGGAGCGGGCGUAGGGGAGCAAGCACGUGUUUUGGUGAUAUAAAAUGAAGAAGUUUUCACGAACCGAGAUAG